AUGCCUAAAAAGAUUUUACCAGUCAUUAAUAAGUACUGUUUUCGUUUACCAGAUGAAUUUGUUCAUGGAAUUAAUCAAAAAUUUAGAGUUCUUCAAUUUCGUUCUCGUGCAAGUUUUACGCAAAAACUUGGAUAUUUGAUGAUGGUUGAUGAUAAUCAUGAAUAUUGCAUUGGAAUGUCUGAUGAAUCAUUUGUCCCUGUUGAGUUUAGAGUUCAAGAUGUUUGUGGGGAUUUUUAUUGGACAACUGGAUAUUGUCUUUUCACAUAUCAGAAUCCAUUUCUUGAGGAAACGUAUGCCUAUAAAUGUGACUUUCCAAAACAAGAAGCGACACCAUUUGGUGAACAAAAAGCACAUGCUUAUUUGAAAGAAAAUGGAAAGUAUGAUCUUAUUGUUUUCUCACGAAGUUAUCAAAAAAUUGAAGAAGCAUUACCAUUUAUAAUUGUAAUUGAUAAGGAUAAGGAUGGUGAUAUAGUAAUUGAACGAGAUCCAAAGGUUUUUGGAGCUGAUAUGACCUUUAAAAAAUAUUUAAAAACUUAA